AUGUCGACGAACUUCCGAGACCGCGCCAUCGCCGAGGUGCAAAAGGCCAUCGCGGCCGACCACAACAAGGAGUACCAAAAGGCCUUUGAUCUAUACAUGUCCUCCAUGGAGCUGUGGGUCAAGGCGCUCAAGUGGGAGAAGAACAAGGCGCUCAAGGCUACUAUGCAAGAAAAGAUGGCGACGUACCUCGACCGCGCCGAGAAACUCAAGCAGUUCUUGCAAUCCGAGGCCGACAACAACACCAACGGCGGCAAGGGCUUGAUGGGUGCUAAUGGCUCCAGCGCGGGCGGCAAAAGCAAGGGCUCGGCCGACGACGAUGACAACAAGAAGCUAAGAAACGCCUUGUCGGGCGCGAUUCUGCAAGAGCGGCCGAAUGUGCGGUGGGAGGACAUUGCUGGUCUGGAAGCCGCCAAGGAAACCCUCAAAGAGGCUGUCGUGCUUCCGAUCAAGUUCCCCAGUCUCUUCCAGGGCAAGCGACAAGCGUGGAAGGGUAUUUUGUUAUACGGCCCGCCUGGUACUGGUAAGAGUUAUCUCGCCAAGGCUGUCGCCACGGAGGCAAACAGUACCUUUUUCAGUAUAAGCAGUUCGGACCUGGUCAGCAAGUGGAUGGGUGAAAGUGAAAGACUCGUCAAGCUGCUGUUCUCGAUGGCGAGAGAGAACAAGCCCUCCGUCAUUUUCAUCGAUGAGAUCGACGCUCUCUGUGGACCGCGCGGCGAAGGUGAGUCGGAAGCCUCGCGACGUAUCAAGACGGAGAUCCUCGUGCAGAUGGACGGCGUCGGCAACGACAGCAAGGGCAUCCUAGUCCUCGGCGCCACCAACAUCCCCUGGCAGCUCGACGCCGCCAUCCGUCGACGGUUCCAGCGGCGCGUGCACAUUGGCCUGCCCGACACCAACGGCCGCGCGCGCAUGUUCAGGCUCGCCAUCGGCGACACGGACACGGCGCUGCAGGCCAGCGACUACAACACCCUCGCCGCCAAGUCAGACGGCUUCUCGGGCAGCGAUAUCUCCAACGUCGUCCAGCACGCGCUGAUGCGCCCCGUCCGCAAGAUCUUGCAGGCAACACACUUCAAAGCAGUCAUAAAGGACGGCAACCGCAUGCUGACGCCAUGCUCACCGGGCGACCCCGAAAAAAUUGAAAUGACCUACGACGACGUCAAGUCCGACGAGCUUCUCGCCCCUGACGUUGCCUUGCAAGACUUUGAGGUGGCCCUCGACGACUCGCACCCGACCGUGUCGAAAGACGACAUUGAGAAACAGGUCGAUUGGACCAACGAGUUUGGCAGCGAAGGUGCCUAG